UAAACGGUAAAUAGCUGCCAUCGUCUCCAACAGUCUCCAGCGCAGUGAAACAUGAAUGACUCCGAGGAAGGGAGAGGACCGCAGCUGGGCCCCCUGGAUGAGGAACACCUGAUAACCAGCGGCACCAGAUACUCCAUCAAAGGCUUCAGAUUCCAACCACCCUAUGUCCUCAAGAGAGCUGCAGGGCAUCUGUGCCAGGGUCAUGGUCCCUUCGUGCUGCAACUGUUCUGCCUCACACUUUAUGUUGUUCUCCUUCUGGCUGUCCUUGUCAAAGUCUCCAGUAUUGCCAACUCCAAGGGACAAGAACAGGCAGAGAAGGAGAAGGUAAACCAGGAGAUGACCCAACUGAAGCCUCAAAUAAAUCGCCUGUGCCGCCCCUGCCCCUGGGACUGGACGUUCUUCCAAGGAAACUGUUACUUCUUCUCCAAGUUCCAACAGAACUGGCAUGACUCUGUCACCGCCUGCAGAGAAGUGGGGGCCCAACUAGUGGUCAUCAAAAGUGAUGAUGAGCAGAGCUUCCUGCAGCAGACUUCUAAAGAGAAAGGCUAUGCCUGGAUGGGUCUGUCAGACCUGAAGCAUGAAGGCAUGUGGCACUGGGUGGAUGGUUCACAUCUGCUGUUCAGUUUCAUGAAAUAUUGGAACAAAGGAGAGCCCAACAAUGAAGGGGAAGAAGACUGUGCGGAAUUCAGAGACGAUGGCUGGAAUGAUGUCCCAUGUACAGUUGAGAAAUACUGGAUCUGCAAGAAGUCUGCUCUGUCCUGCACCAAAAAAUGAUGUCUCAUCUGUCUGUAGCACCUGUUGCCAAAAUGACCCUGCAGGGUGACUGAACUUAACCCACAAUGUAUGCCAGUUCCUUCCUCUGUGAACGUUAAGGUCUUAACUGGUUCCUCAUUUGCCCUCCCCCUGCCCAGUGUGUGUGUGUGUGUGUGUGUGUGUGUGUGUGUGUGUGUGUGUGUGCACAUGCGUGCCAAAGGUCAGUCUUAGGUGUCUUCCCUGGCCUCCAUCUUGUUUUUUUGAGACAGGACCUCUCAUUUUUGCCUUGUUGGUACUGGCCAGUUUGGCUAGGCUGGCUGGCCAGCACACCCUAGGAAUCCUCCUACCUCUGCCUUUUCAGAGCUUGCAUUGGGAGCAUAUGCCAGCACUCUAUGUCUUUUAAAAUGGGGAGGGUUGAUUCACAGAUGGAGCUUAAGAGACAAUGAUGGUGGGGUGCUGUGUAGCAGGAAGGAUCCCUGGAACCAGGGUACCAUUGAACUGUCAGGUAGGGGGCAUCUUUUAAAGGACUCAUGACAGAAACAGUGGGGCAUAAGGAGCAGGUGAUCUGGGCAGUUCAGGUGGCCCACCCACUAGGAACCAGGUGCCUCUCCGUCUCAGUCACAUCUCAUAGCUUCCAGAAAAGGGUGAGAGACGAGAAGGAACCAGAUCCCAGAAUUCUCUUUUACCAUUCCUGACCUCCAUCAAGGACAUCCUGGGAACUGCUGCAUUGACAGUCCCUGCCCCAACUGGCCAAUCUCUGUCUCCUCAUCACAACAAAAUUAAAACUGUACCCAUUAAGCAAUAGUUCGUAUAGCCACUUGGAAAUCUCUGUUCCCUUUCCUGUCUCUGUAAAGGUCACCACUUUGGGGGUCCUCCUGCAAACAGUUGUGCAUCACCUCUCUUUCUACAGCUAGUUUGUUUCGCUUGGCAGGGUAUCCGUAAGGCCCACAGUAUGGAGUCUAUCAUAACUUUUUCCUAUUCACUCCCAAAUAAUAUUCCAUUGUGUAUGUGAUGGUUAAGCUUGGUUGUCAACUAACAAUCUCCAGUCAACUAAGAGACAGGCCUAUGAGAACAACCAUGAGGGCAUUUUUUGGAAGUAAGGGAAUUUUGGUCAGUAUGGGAGUGGAGAGGUGCAGAUGUGCUCCCUGUUCUGGUCAAGUCCCAGCAAGAACAGUCUGUACCAUGGAAUUGUAAGCUAA